GCCGACCUGCUGCUCCGGCGCCGCGGCCUCUUCAAGCUGCCGCGGUCGGGGCCCCGGGCUGGAGGCUGAUGGAACCGCCGCGAUGUUCGCUCCGCGGCUCCUGGAUUUCCAGAAGACGAAAUACGCGAGGUUCAUGAACCACCGAGUCCCUGCCCACAGGAGGUACCAGCCCACGGAGUAUGAGCAUGCCGCCAACUGCGCCACCCAUGCUCUCUGGAUCAUUCCCAGCAUCCUCGGCAGCUCCAACCUCUACUUCCUGUCAGACGAUGACUGGGAGACCAUCUCUGCCUGGAUCUACGGCCUCGGCCUCUGUGGGCUCUUCGUGGUGUCCACCGUGUUCCACACGAUCUCCUGGAAAAAGAGCCACCUCAGGACCGUAGAGCAUUGUCUGCACAUGUCCGACCGCAUGGUCAUCUAUUUCUUCAUCGCGGCCUCCUAUGCGCCCUGGCUGAACCUUCGCGAGCUGGGCCCCUGGGCCUCGCACAUGCGAUGGCUGGUCUGGAUCAUGGCCUCUGUGGGCACCAUCUAUGUCGUCUUCUUCCAUGAGCGGUACAAGCUCGUGGAGCUGCUCUGCUACGUCGUCAUGGGCUUCUUCCCCGCCCUGGUCAUCCUUUCCAUGCCCAACACCGAGGGCAUCUGGGAGCUGGUGACCGGAGGGGUCUUCUACUGCUCGGGCAUGGUGUUCUUCAAGAGUGACGGGAGGAUCCCCUUUGCCCACGCCAUCUGGCAUCUCUUUGUGGCAUUUGGUGCUGGUACCCACUACUAUGCCAUCUGGAGGCACCUGUAUCUGCCCAGCACCCUGCAGGCCAAGGUGUCCAAAUGAGGUGGCUCAGCCUGCACAGGACAUUUAGGCUUUUGGAGCAGAGCAUCACAGGGAGUGUUUCUGUGAACUUGAGCCCAGAGCCCAGCGCCCAGGCCCCCCAUCUUCCCUCCUAUGGGUAGAGCUUUUAGAUGGGUCCAAGGUUACUUCUGGUGACAGCCAGACCACCCCUUGGGUCCUAGGUGAGAAAGAAAGCAUUUAGUCAUUUUUAUAGAGGAGAAAUUAACCCCGUAAUGUGUUUCUAUUCUAGACAAAUGUUUCCUAAUACAACAUCGUCAGAAAAGGGGGCAGACGUGGUCCUGGCCAAUUGAGGAAUGAUGGGCCAAUAUGAGCUUCCUAAGGUCCUGAGAAAUCUAUCAGGGAGUCUAGUGGGUUAGUUAUACCUGGGUGGCCAGGGCCUCCUUCUCUGCUAUUAAAGUCCUGGCUGGGGAAUUGUCCCCUGCUCAGGGAAAGUCACCCAGCUUGUAGAUCAGGGAUGGUGAAUAUCCACGACCGUGGCAGACAUCACCAAUCAACUGCAGCGUGGCGUGGUAUCAGGAUCCUUCCCAAGACUGCUCUGGGAAGCCGCUACCAAUCGACUUGGCACUCAUGAUGGCACCUCUUUGCCUUGCUUGCCCUGUGUGCUCUGCACUGGGGUCAUGCCCAGACCAGUUCAGUGUUUCCAUGUCAGGGAGCAGGCUUAUCCCCU